UCUCUACCAGGAAUUCCCUGUUUGCAUCCUCCACCACACUCUUGAGUUCAUAGCCUAUCCCUCUUUAUCUCCUGUGGCUUUGAUUCAAUUCCAGUUCAGUUGCGUUAUCCUCUUUUUUCUCUCACCUUGUGACUCAUAAUCCACACACAUUAUAAAAUGAUAGAUGAAGACAUGUUCUGCUCCACAGAUGGAAACAACUAGUAGAACUAAAAAGAAAGGCCCUCUUUUGGUUUAUAUUCUUGUUGGAGCAGUGGCGGCUUUGAACUCUUGCUACCCCGGCCUAGUCAAACAGUCUGCCCUCUCUCUCUCAUCCAUCGGUCCUCGAGAUUUCAUAGAGAAUGUCGCCGAAGCCGCUGGACUACGAGUCGCUGAACGAGAAUGUGAAGAAGGUGGCAUAUGCUGUCAGAGGCGAGCUUUACCUUCGGGCUUCGGAGCUGCAGAAGGAAGGGAAGAAGAUUAUCUUCACAAAUGUGGGGAAUCCUCAUGCCCUGGGACAGAAGCCACUAACAUUCCCCCGCCAGGUCGUAGCCCUUUGCCAAGCUCCAUUUCUGUUGGAUGAUCCUCAUGUUGGAAUUCUCUUCCCAGCAGAUGCCAUCGCAAGAGCUAAGCAUUAUCUGUCACUGACUUCGGGUGGUUUAGGUGCAUAUAGUGAUUCUCGAGGUCUUCCCGGAAUCAGGAAAGAAGUUGCUGAGUUUAUUGAAAGGCGUGAUGGGUAUCCUAGUGAUCCUGAGCUAAUAUAUCUCACCGAUGGAGCUAGCAAAGGUGUCAUGCAGAUCUUAAAUACUGUAAUCAGAAAUGAGAAAGAUGGUAUUUUGGUUCCAGUUCCACAAUACCCUCUUUAUUCAGCUGCAAUAUCCUUGUUUGGUGGGUCUCUUGUUCCGUAUUAUUUAGAAGAGGAGGCCAAUUGGGGUCUUGACAUUAACCAUCUUCGCCAAUCUGUAGCAGCUGCUCGGAUGAAAGGAAUUACUGUUCGAGCUAUGGUUAUUAUCAACCCAGGAAACCCCACUGGCCAAUGUCUAAGUGAAGCCAAUUUAAACGGAUUGUUAAAAUUUUGCUUCCAAGAGAACCUAGUCCUGCUUGCUGAUGAAGUUUAUCAACAGAACAUAUACCAAGACGAGAGACCUUUCAUAAGUGCAAGAAAAAUAUUGUUGGACAUGGGCCCACCUAUGAGUAAAGAGGUCCAACUUGUGUCCUUUCACACUGUAUCGAAGGGAUACUGGGGAGAGUGUGGUCAGCGUGGAGGAUACUUUGAAAUGACUAACAUUCCUGCUAAGACUGUAGAUGAGAUCUACAAGGUUGCAUCAGUUUCGCUCAGUCCAAAUGUUCCUGGACAGAUCUUCAUGGGGCUGAUGGUUAACCCCCUCAAACCAGGAGAUAUUUCUUACUUGAGGUUUGUUGCAGAGAGUACGGCAAUCCUCGAGUCUCUGAAAAGAAGAGCUCAUAUAAUGACUGAUGGGUUUAAUAGUUGCAGAAAUGUUGUGUGCAACUUUACAGAAGGAGCCAUGUAUUCAUUUCCACAAAUACGCUUACCGCCAAGAGCAAUUGAAGCUGCAAAAAGUGCUGGCAAGGCUCCUGAUGUUUUCUAUUGCCUUAAGCUUUUGGAAGCUACAGGAAUUUCCACAGUUCCAGGCUCAGGAUUUGGCCAAAAAGAAGGGGUUUUCCAUCUAAGGACAACCAUCUUGCCAGCAGAAGAAGACAUGCCAGCAAUCAUGACUAGUUUCAAGAAGUUCAAUGACGAGUUUAUGGAAGAAUAUGAAGAUUACAGAGGUUACUCCAGAAUGUAGAUCUAGUAAAUGGAAGCUAAAGCAUAUCAAAGGUGCAGGCAAAAGGAAGAUUUCUCUCUGGUCAAGGUAGUUGCUCUGCUAGUCAAUCAUUUCGAACCUUCAAUCAACCACUACUUAAUUGUUUGUAAAGAAAAAUCAUAUAAGAAGUUCCAUUUUAUGUAAUCGAUUCAGUAAGAAUCAGCUCAAGAAAAGCGCAUGAUACUUUUAAUUAGUCACUAAUUGGGCUUAUUCUAUUA